AUGAUAAUUGGAACAAUCGAUAAAAAGCCUCCAGGAGAAGAUAUUCGAGUUUUCAAGAGGCCGUCAUCGAAAGCGACAGCGUCAGCGUUCGCCUACGUCUCCAUCUACGCUCAUCAAGAAAGUGCGACGGAUAUAGAAUCGUUGGCCUUCCAUCUUAGGAAAUUUGAUGUGCUAUCGUUGCUGUAA